CUUCAGGGCGCGCGACUGCCGCUCUCAUCAUUUCUCCCAGGACUAUUCAAGGCUCUUCAGCUUCUCGCUAUCAGCUGGGCCGAUAACGGGGGGCAAGUUCUCAUAAACGAACCCGCUGGCGGAAACUUCACUGUCGAAAUUGCGACCAACCGUGCUUUCACUCAUUACUCAUAUGGUGGAAGGCUUGUUACCGCUUGGGGAGACGGCAAGAAUCACCCGGACGAUUACUCGAUCACCAACCUCGGUGAUGAACCCAAUUCCUCCAAUUCAGGCUUACAUACUCAGAACGAAACGAUGGCUGCCGGUACAGUUUUUGCAAUCUCUUAUGAGAGUGAUAUCAAACGCGUGACCCCUGAAAAUUUGGUCGUUUUCACUGUCGCUUAUCACACCUGCUGCCCUUCCUGCUUGUCCGGAGGAAGGCUGUCACUGUGUAUGGGGCCAAAUAUGUACAUGAUGCCUCACAAGUGUAAAGUCACUGGAGCUACAAGCACCACACCCCUAGCACCCGCCGUGCCACCCCAAUGGUGUGAGGAUGACGAGGCUCGAUGCGUUCAAGGCCCGAAACAAAUGAUCUUCUGGAACCAGCUAGAUGGAAACAAUGUUGUCACUACUGGAACGCAGAAAGAUGGUGCUCAGGAUGACAUCUUCCUCCCGCCCUCCUCAUCUUCCACCAUUGCUACAUCAACACCUGGAGAGCUUACAACGAGCACAGCUAUCUCGGGAGCUGACCCAUCGACCCCUUCUCUCUGUGUCGAACCGUUCGAUCAUUUAUCACACCAUGAUCUUGGUCACUCUUGUCACUUGUGGUGUCCUCGCUUUAUACAGAGCAAACGGAAAAGAGAUACCCCAAACAAUACCCUAGUUUCCGAUUGCUAUGUCACUUUGUUGCACACCUUUAUCAUGUUGGUCCUAGAUAUG